GCUAUAUGAAAUUUAAACUCUCGUCAAUAACAUUUAGACUGUCGAUAAGCACGAGUUCAGAGUCUUGUGAAUAUAUUUAUUCAUUAUCCUCAUCUUAACAUGUAUAGUACUGUGUUAAUUUUCUGUUUAAGUUUUCUAAUUUCUGUAACUGUUCAAGAAACAGUUAACGUAACUUUGUACUAUGAAUCUCUAUGCCCGUAUAGUCAAGAAUUCAUUAGAGACCAAUUAGAACCCGGUUAUGCUGUAUUGGGCGACUUGUUACAAAUAGAAUUAGUGCCAUUCGGUAAAGCAAAAUUAAAAAGUAAGAAAUUAGCCUUCACAUGUCAACACGGUCCUAAAGAAUGUACAGGCAACAAAAUUCAAGCUUGCGCUUUAUCCAAAGAUUUUACACAAAAACAAAAAAUGUCGUUUGUGGGAUGCGUCAUGAAGGAAGAUCAUCCGGAAAAGAAGGAGGUUGUAAAAACGUGUGCUGAGAAAUACGAUAUUCCAUUCAAAACUUUGAAACAGUGUUACAAAGGAGAAGAGGGAAACAAAUUGCUUUUACAUUAUAAAGAAAUUACGGAUGCUCUACAACCCAAAUUGAAGUAUGUCCCAACCAUUGUUAUCAAUGGGGUUUAUGAUGCAGAUAAAGAUAACAGCGCAAGAGAAAAUUUCUUGAAAACAGUGUGCGAGAGUUUCACAGAGAAACCAUCAGCUUGCCCAACGUCACUUAUUAGUAUUUGUAAAUAUAAAAACGGUGAUACCUAUUGUAUUGCACAUCAUCCGGGUAUAAUGAAGUUAAUAGCAGCUAUUUUUGUAUCUCUUGCCGUGUUUUCUGCUGCUCAAGGUGAGCAAUUGAAAAUAAGGCUAUUUUACGAAUCACUAUGUCCGUAUAGUAUUAAUUUUACUAUUCAUCAAUUGUACCCUAAUUACUUGUUGCUUGGAGACGACUACUUGGAUUUGGACUUUGUUCCCUUCGGAAAUGCUAAGAUUUACAAUGUGUCUGGUGGAUAUCUAUUUGAAUGUCAACAUGGAGCAAAAGAGUGCAAAGGGAACAAGGUACAAGGAUGUGCUUUGGAUUUAUACAACAUAUCAACAGCUGCGGCAUUCAUUAACUGCGAUUUAGGAUCUGGUGCACCCGCAGACGAUGAUAAUUUACUAAAGUGUGCCAAUGAAGCUAACAUCGAAUGGUCCGAAAUUCAAGAGUGCUUAGAUAGUGGCCGCGCUGAUGAACUUUUAGCAGAAAAUGGAGCCAAAACCCAAAGUGUUGUACCGAAAAUUACGACCGUUCCUGCAAUUGAAAUUAACGGAAUAUACGACAACGACGAAAUUGAAUAUGCAUUUUUGGAAGUAGCUUGCAGACUUUUGAAAAAUGAGCCACCAGCAUAUUUAGUCUUUCGAGUGAUUGGAAAUAUGAAGGUUUUCGUUAGUGUCUUGGUAUUCACGGUGUUCUCACUUUCUGCUGCAUAUGCAGGAACUGUGAAGGCCACAGUUUUCUACGAAACUUUGUGCCCAUACAGCAGACAAUAUCUCGUCAAUCAAGCCAUUCCCGGAUUUCAAAAACUUCCGGACAACGUUGUCCUGGACUUAGUACCCUACGGAAAUGCCAAGACCAUCAACGAAUCGGGAUCCUUGGAGUUUACUUGCCAACACGGCGUAAACGAAUGUAAGGGUAACAGAAUUCACGGUUGCGUCUUAGAGUUGAACGAUAUAGCCAAGGCAGCCGCCUUUAUUUCCUGUGAUUUGGAGGCCGACUCUCCAGCUGAUGAUGAAACUCUACAAUCUUGUGCCAAGAGUACUGGAGUUUCGUGGGAAGCUGUAGAAGAAUGCGUUAGCAGUGGAAAAGGUGAUGAAAUUUUAGCUGCUAACGGCGAAAGAACUCACUCGGCCACUCCAGCUAUUAAGGGAGUACCAACAACUUUCUUUAAUGAUGUAUUUGAUGAAGAUUUGAACGAUGAUGCUUACAGUUCCUUCCUAGUAGUUGCCUGCCAUCUUUUGAAUAAUGAACCAAAAGCUUGUCAAAAAUAAUAAUAAAUAAAAUUUAAUAUUUUAAUUAUU